GCCGCGAGGGGCUGGACUGGGCUUGUCUGGCUGCUGCGCCCGGGACGCGAGGACGAGGGCGCGGGUGCGAGGACGACGUGCUCAGCGAGGCGUGGUGCGGCGUGGCCGGGCGUGGCGCGCACCGUGCCGGGGCCAUGGCGCCACCCCCGGGGGGCGGCGGCACGUUGUCGUCGUGAACGUGCCGGGGACCCCAACCGCAACGGUCGACGCCCGACGUCGGCCGCGUCGCCGUCGUAGUGGCCGUGCCGGGCCGGGGCUGGGGCCGGGGCCGGGGCCGCCCCCCGUGCGAUGUGUGCCCCCCAAUGAGUCCGGUCGGCCCCGCCGUGGCCGAGGCCGAGGCCCACGCUGGCCUCCUCGUCGCAGGGCGCGCUGAGCGCCGUGAUGCGCAGCAGCAGCUCGGAGCUGCUCCUCGACCAGCAGGCCGAGCUGCGCAAGAAGAAGCUGCUGGAGCUGGCCAAGCCCAAGCGGCCGCCCAAGGUGCAGCGCACGUGGCGCCAGCGCGUCUGGUUCUACGCCACGGCCGUGCUCGCCCUCACCGCCAUGUCGGCCGGCUCGUCGCUUCUGUUUCUGGUGCCGCUGUACGUGGACCCGGCCAUCUCAACGCUCACGCACCACUUCGUGGACGUGCCCGUGACGUGCGUGACGACGCGCCGCGAGGACCUGAGCGGCAUCUUCAACUGCACGUGGAGUUCGUGCCGCGAGGGGUGCACCUCCGACAUGUACAAGUGCACGCACAUCUACGUGUCUUACACGACGGUGCCGUGGGAGGCGCCCAACACCACGAUGUGGCCGUCGUCACCGCCGACGCCCACUUCUGCAACGGCAGCAACGGCCACAUCGGCGUGGACGUCCAUUCCUCCGUCGACAAAGACAACAACGAAUACAGUUCCACCACCUCCACGGUUAACGACAACCGCGUCCGGUUUGCCGUCAAAGUCGCCGCCGACGUUAUCCCCGUCCACAACCACGACGAUGUCUCCGUCAACGGCCACGACGGCGCCGUCCUCCCCGACACCAGCGCGCUCUCGGCGGUGGGUGCGGCCGCUGACGACGAGUACGCCGGCGCCGUCGACGACACCGCCGCCUCCGCCACCAACCGAGGAGAGCAACGCGACGGACGAGGCCGUGCUGCUCGUCAACAUCAAAGGGUGCGGCUACCCGCCGGACGUGCAGUGCGGCAACUUCUCGGAGCAGUUCGGCUACGAGGGCGCCGUCUUCCCCUGCUACUACUCGCGGGUCAACCGGUCCGUGGUGCUCACGCACUACGCGCGCGACGACCAGGUGGCCGUCAUCGUGCACUACUUUGCCAUCCCGUUCGUGCUGACGGUGGUCACGGCCGUCAUCCUGUGCGUCAUGCACUGCGACUGCCGCUGCGAGGAGGACCCGAGUCAGCGCCGCCACCACCACCAUCACCAUCACCACCACAUGGGACUGCGAACGGCGGACAACAGGUACGCAGAGCGUGGCAGGGCGUGGUGUGGCAGGGCGUUGUGUGGCAGGGCGUGGCGGGGCGUGGCGGACGAGCUAAGCAGGAAGGACCUGCCCGGCCCCGGCAUGCACUUCCCUGCCCGGGGUGGGUGUGGUCCUAGUCGGUCCUAGCGUAGCAUGUGGCUCCCACAGCGCGUUCCAAGGCACGCCCCCUGCCCAUGCUGGAUCUGUCACACCGAUGUGGCAAUAAUCACGAGAAUUCUUAAAAAGAAAAACCCUUCAAGAUACACGCAAAUUCUUACUGACAUACAUAAUAUCUUGGUUUUGCGCUCCUGCCCUUUCAUUCAAAACGAAACAAGAGAAACAACGCAUCCUCUAUUACAUCGCCAACAGAAAAAAAAAUCGCGUAGUUCGUGAACCGUCGAC